AUGUCAUCCAGCACCGUAACCCUGACGGAAACGGAUAAGAAGCUGACCCAGUUUCGGAACUGUCGCGUACUACGCAAUCAUCGGCUAGUGCAGGACGAUGUUUGGGUACGUGGUGGCAAGAUCAUCGAUCCGGAGAAAGUGUUUUUCGACGAAAAGUUGCACGCCGAUGUACAAAUCGAUUGCCAUGGACAUAUCGUUGCGCCUGGGUUUAUCGAUCUACAAAUAAAUGGUGGAUACGGUGUCGACUUUUCGUUCGAUGUUGAAACCGUCGAGGAAGGUGUGCUGAAGGUAGCCAGAGGACUCUUGGCUCACGGUGUUACUUCGUUCUGUCCAACGCUGGUUACUUCGCCUCCGGAAACAUAUCAUUCCGUUUUACCUCGAAUUUCUAGGUCUGCUGGUGGACGACACGGGGCUACCGUACUGGGGUGCCACGUUGAGGGACCGUUUAUCAAUACGGACAAAAAGGGAGCUCAUCCACCUGAAUGUAUAAAGGAGUUUGACCAGGGCAUUGUGACGGUGCGUGAGGUUUACGGUUCGAUGGACAACGUGCAGAUAAUAACGCUCGCACCGGAGAAGGCAGGAGCCUCGGAAGUCAUACAGGAACUGAGCAACAAUGGAAUCACGGUUUCUGUUGGCCACUCGAUGGCCAAUCUGAGCGAUGGUGAGAUUGCUGUACGCCACGGUGCAAGGCUCAUCACGCAUCUGUUCAACGCAAUGCUACCAUUCCAUCAUCGCGACCCAGGGCUUGUUGGGUUGCUGACAACAGAUAACAUUCCGCCCGAUGCGCUCGUGUACUUUGGCAUUAUUUCUGAUGGAGUCCAUACGCAUCCGGCUGCCUUGCGUAUUGCGUAUAAAACUCAUCCCAACGGGCUGAUCUUGGUGACGGAUGCGAUAUCGGCGAUGGGGCUGGCCGAAGGACGACAUCGGAUCGGACAGAUGGAGAUUGAAAUACGAGGCGGACGAGCGUAUGUGGCCGGUACCAACACACUCUGCGGCAGCAUUGCACCGAUGGAUGAGUGUAUUCGAUUCUUCAAGAAGGCUUCCAAUUGCUCAAUCGAAUACGCUUUGGAGGCUGCAUCACUUCAUCCAGCUAGCUGUUUGGGCAUUGAAAAGCGCAAAGGAACUCUGGAUUACGGCGCGGAUGCCGAUUUUGUACUGCUGGAUGAUCAAUUGAACGUGCAAUCGACAUGGAUUGCGGGAGAGUGUGUCUAUCAAGGCAAGGACAUUGUCUCAAAUGCUUUGUAAAACAAGUGCCAGUCGCAAAUAA